CGCAUUCACAUAUCAGCUCUUCAGCAGCAACGUGAGGCUCAGGUCUACGUACCUGAACACACACACAUCCACACAUGAACACCAAUCAAUAUGCUUCCUGAGAAUCUCCUCCAGCAGUGAUGCCUGCCAUCAGCCCUCCCAGCCCUCUCCUCUGCGUGCUGCUGUGUGUGUCGGUGGCUCUGCAGCGCUCUGACCUGCGCCUGGCGUAUGUGACCCACAACAGCUUUUUAUACUACUCCUGCAGCCAGGACCCGCAGCCCUGCAGCAUCUCAUCACUUGCAGACUGCAAAUGCAAGGACAUCCAGCUUUCCACGCUGCACCGCCCCCAGUCGCACUCGUCUCCCGUUUUCCGGAUGAGACGUUUAACUGUUUGGUUCACGUCACCGUUAAACACGGCACGUCUGCUGAACAACUCAGAGGUGAGGCACCUCACCCUGAUCCAUUGUGGCGCUGGAGGAUCCAAAGAGACACCUAAUUUCAAGGAGGGACAUUUUGCUGUGCAGCACCUGGAGAGGCUGACGGUGAUGAACCUGGACCAGAGGCCGGUUCAUCACUGUCCAGAUGCAAACAGAGCCAAGAACACAGACUCAAACAGUGACCAAGACAUAGAUAACGGUGCUCAUUUAGACACAAAUAGAUACAACAGGGAUAGAGACACAAAUCUGGACGUGAUUGCAGACAUAAAGAGGGAUUCCUUGACUUUGUCCUCACCCCAGAUCCAAGACAUCUACCUGGGCCGAGAGCUGGGAGCAGCUUAUCAUGAACAGGCCAGACUGGGAAUCAUCCACAGCUCUGUGCUGGAGUGGGGAGCAGUGAUCAAAGCCUACACAGUUCAGACACACAUAGACAAUGACGGCGUGCUGCCCUUCCCUGACCUCCACCUGCCUAAAUUACCAGAGACAUCUGUCAUAUAUGUCAGCUUUGUGUACUGAUAUCAAGUUACUUUAUGAGGAGGGAACAACAGGAGGAAGAUGAUCCAGUGUUCAGCAUGGAUGGAUUAAUGAAUAAGCCUACUGGGCACAGGCUCAAAGGCCUUUGCCUUUGCCUGCAAAAUGUGACUCAAAUUAACACGUACUGACCAGCAAGCCUGAAAUGACUACAGAUAAACCACAAAGUGACACUACAAAGAGACACAAGGUGACUACAACGAGAUGCAAAUGAACUGCAAAGACACAGAAAAUAACUACAAAAAGGGGCAAAACCAAAAGAGACACAAAAUUACCUCAAAGAAACACAACAACUACAAAGAACACUAAACAACCACAGACACAGAAUGACAAAAAAACACAUACAAUUACCUCAUAGAGACACAAAGUGACUAUAAAUAGACACAAAAAUACCCACAAAGAGACACAAAUUACCCCAAAAAGUCCUAACACAUUUACAAAGAGAUGCAAAACAACAUGCUCCUAUGUAGGAGAGGUGUUCUGCAUGUCUGUGCCAAAGGGCCCAUUGUCUGAUAACCCUCACAUGGUGUAUGACCUGCAAACAAUCACUUUAUUACUCAGCAGGAAUUCUAAAGUUUGGAGUGAGAAUAUGGCGUAUUUUUUGUUGCAGGCCUUCACCUCUAAUUUACAACAACAAUAAUCUCUUAAAAGGGGAUAUAAGGUGAUCAUUAGUUCUAAGUUAGACUCAUUAGUGCAGGGGUGUCAAACAUGCGGCCCGGGGGCCAGAGCCGUCCUGCCAAAGGGUCCAAUCUGACCCACUGAGUGACCUUGCACACCUAAUUGUGAGGCACUUGUGAAGGCUAAGAGGUGCCAGGUUUCAGGAGCAAGUUAAACAUUGAGUAACUUUCUUCAUGUAAAAUGCUGCUUCAGAGGCUUUUCCACCAGAACAGUUCUUUUCUUUCACUUUAUUUUGGUGUGGUGAUGUCAAGACUAUUACAGAGGAGUGGAAAUGUACAGAAAAAUGCACAUGUAAUAACAGAAAUAUUGUUCAGUUCCAUUUAUUCUUUUGGAGACAUCACGUGCUGUUUGUCAUCUGUUUGGUAAAUGGAUUAGUGUUUUUAAAAUGUACUUAAAAUUUGGAGGUGUUUGUUAUUUAUAAGAUAUUAUGCAAUGGUUUUACUAGUGCGGCCCACCUGCGAUCAAAUCGGACUGUAUGUGGCCUGUGAACUAAAAUGAGUUUGACACCCCUGCAUCAGUGAGUCUCUACAAGCUCAUAUUUGGGAGGAAAGAAAAACAAAUCCACUCACUGAUACAGUGCCAAGCAAAAGUUUGAGAAAAUGGACUGAAAACUGUUUACAUAGUAUUUUUUAAGCCUGUUUUACAGGCAAAACUGCAGUAUUUCUUAAGAAGUAGUCUCAUGGUGAAAUUCUCCAACUUUCUUGGAUUGAAAACAAGAAGGAAAUUAAAUGCGUUGACUUUGGAUAACUCCAAAGUAAACACCCAUUUUUGCACUGACACAUGAAACUAAAUCAGAUUUUUCUUGUGUAAUGGCUUUAAUCAUAAUUUACCCAAGUGGCCGAAAAACAUUGCGCAGAUGUUUAUCAGCAUGUUAGAACAGAAAAUGUCAACUAAUGAGAGACCCUCUGAGGGACUAGAGUAACCCGCCAACCCCCUCCAGCUGACACAUCCCUGUUUCUUCAUGCUGUCUGUCCUAAACUGAUGGAGUUGUCCCCAAAAUGAAUAGAAACUGGUGAUUGGGUGGCUCUGUUACCCAGCUGAGCAUUUUAUUCUUCUUCAUCGCCUUAUUUUUCCUCUCUAUCACAAAGAUAGAAAAUGUGAGUUUCCGCCAUGAAGUGCAGUCCCACAUAAGCUCUGUAGUAUUUUCAGCUUUUCGUGAUGAGUCACUUGCCAUGUGUUUGUAUUUUCUUGUGAGCCUAAAUGUUGUGACCAGAGGGAGAUGAGCGGAUUGGGACUUGAAUUCCUCCCCAGCUCUAUUUUGGCAUUUCUACAGCUGACCUCUGACCCCUGGACCCUGUGUAAAAAGCAGCAGAGGCCUUCUCCUCUGGGAUCAAUGAAUCAUGAAUCAUUUUGUGUGUGACAGGAGGGAUUUUCCAAAUAAAUGUGAAAUGCAUGUUUGCUUCCAUUUUGACCACAAGAUGGCAGCAGAUACAUUUUAGUCAAAGCGGGAGCAGCAAACAGUGCUGAGAGAGAGGACUGAACUGAAGGACAGCAUGAGGGGUAAAUGUGUUGCUGUUUUUUGCCUUGUUGUUUUUGAAGACAACACCUGAAGAAUCCCUUAAAUUCAACAAAUGUGUCAUGAGGCAUUUCAGCACUUUAAAAAGCUUGUGAGGAAUAUUAUUUUCAGGAUAGAGGUGCAAUAUUAAGAGUUAAUAAAAUAUGGCCUGA